CCUGUAUUGGGUAAUAACACACGGCCAGUGAGUGAUGUAAUUGAUCUGAAGGCCAUUCUGAUAUUCUACCAGUAUAAAGAGACCAGGACAUAAGUAGAAGAUGCCUUUAAAGAGGAAGCGUUUUUUACUUUUAUAUGGAUCCCAGACUGGACAAGCUGAUGCUAUAACAGAGGAGAUCCUUGAUAACUCAGCAGCCCAUGGACUGGAAUGUGAAAGACACUGCCUCAGUCAGGCAGAGAAGAAAUUCACUCUGGAAAAGGAAACCUGUGUUGUGAUUGUGACCUCUACCACUGGGGAUGGUGAGCCACCCGAAACAGCCCUCAAAUUCUUCAGACGACUGAAGAAGAAAACACAUUCUAGUGAUUAUUUAUCACACCUUAAUUAUGCACUGUUAGGUUUGGGUGAUUCUAACUAUACAAACUUCUGCAAUGCAGGUAAAACUUUGGAUAAGAGACUUGAAGAGUUAGGGGCCAAGAGAUUUUAUUUAUCAGGCUGGGCUGAUGAUGCAGUGGGUUUAGAACAAGUAGUAGAACCAUGGAUUGAGGGGCUUUUCCCAGCACUCCUCAAAUUCCUAUCUUUCAACUGUCCAGAUUUGUCAGGCACUAGUCAAAUAACAGAAAUCUGUGAAAUUGAAGUAGAAAGAAGUCACUUUGAUAAAGAUGGAGAAUCCAGUGAUAAGAAAAUUGAAACUAAAAUUACUGAAUCAAACGGUCAUUUUAAGGAAAAAGAAAGUCAAGCAAAGAAUACCACUGAUUCAACUGAACCAAACAGUGAUAAGUUUGAAAGUGAAUCCUCUUCAACUAUUAGUAAUGGUAAAGGAUUGAAUGAAACAGAAGACUUAGUAAAGCACAUUGAAGGUAUAACCUUAGAAGAAUCAACAGAACCAUCACUCAGAAAGUCAAUUGCACCUCUCUGUGAUGCUGCAGUCACUGUUCCUUUACUUCCAGCAGCCUACCUCUCCAUUAAUUUUGAUAUUGAUCAAGAUAUGAAACCAUCUCUUCUUCCAUCUAAUUCAUCAGCUGUGACAACUAUUUCAGAGGCAACAGUUAUUCGAACAGAUAUUUUGACUUCAAAAGAAGCACUGAAGAAAACAUUAAGACUUAGACUAAAAAUUGGUGAAGAGUUUGAAUACCAGCCAGGAGAUUCUGUUUCAGUUUACUGUCAGAAUGAAGAGAAAGAGGUGGAAAUGCUGCUAAAGAGACUAAAUGUUCUAGACAAAGCUGACAUUAUCUGCCAAAUAGAACUGAUGAAAGACACCAAGAAAGCCAAAGCGGCCAUUCCACUCCACAUUCCUACCAUUACCACCCUCAGGACCUUAUUCACAUACAAUAUUGACAUACGAGAACCUCCCAAAAAAGCUGUGAUCCGACAACUUGUCGAAGGAACAACAAAUCCACAGGAAAAAAGAAGGCUGCAAGAAUUGUGCAGUAAACAGGGAAUGGGUGACUACACAAGCUUUAUUAGGAAUCCUGAAAUCAGUAUCUUAGAUCUCCUCCUGGCAUUCCCAUCCUGUAAUCCUGAUGUUGACAGGUUGAUCGAGUCUCUUCCUAAAUUACAACCAAGACCUUACUCAGGCUGCAGCUCACCUCUGAAGACACCGCAACACCUAGACAUUGCCUUCAAUGUGAUAAAUAUUCCUGAGGGCGAUGGCAGGAGUUUUGCAAGGCAAGGAGUAUGUACUGGUAUGUUGGAUAGGGUGACAAAUCAGAAUCAAAUCAGGGAAGAGACAGCAGAAGAUGGGACUAAUACGGAAAUCUUCCAGUUACAGAUUUCCGCCAGACCUAAUCAGUAUUUCCGCUUGCCCAGUGAUGUAUCUAUACCACUCAUUUUGAUUGGACCAGGGACAGGAGUGGCACCAUUUGUCGGCUUUCUUCAACACAGGGAGAUGCAGAAAAACUCAGCAGAAUUUGCUGACCAAGCAUUCGGAGAAAUAUUUCUUUUCUUUGGUUGCAGGAACAGGUCACAAGACUUUUUAUUCAAAGAAGAGCUGAUGAGACUACAGAAAGUGGAUAUUUUAAGUAAACUCUAUGUCUCAUUUUCUCGUGAAGCCAUAUCACAAGAGGAUCCAAAGUAUGUCCAGGACAAUAUCAAAAGUAAUGCUGAGCAGGUACUCCAAUUGAUUUACAAUCAGAAAGCAGUGAUAUAUGUAUGUGGAGAUGCCAAGAACAUGGCCAAAGAUGUGAAUCAAACUUUUAUGAAAAUAUUGCAAGAGAAGAAAGAAAUGACAGAGAGUGAGGCAAAGUCUUUCAUCACCAAAAUGAGGUUGGAGAGGAGAUAUUUAGAAGAUGUUUGGACGUAACUUUAAAAUGAAACAUCGGAUUCCAAGAAUAUGGCAUGUUGUGAUUCUGAAUUAUUCUUACCGAAAAUUAUUUUGAAAAUGUUGAAUUAAGUAGAACUUUAAGUGGAAUUCAUUCUAGUAGUUGUUGCAUUGAUGUAUAGUUCUAAUGUUAUACUGUUGUACAAUGUAUAACAGUUAAACAAUUCUUUUGUUUAAUCUUUAUGAUUUUAGAUACUCCUUUUGCAAUAAGUAAACAAGAUUCAUUUACUCUUAUGAAUUCAAUAGGCUGACAGUGGGCUAAUAUCAGUGCUCAAAAUUUUAUUUUGUUUGUUUAAUCCAUACCAGCUACAUUUGGGUAAAAAUUAUUUUUAAGAAUUACUUUUUAUUUCCUUUUAACCAAAAUUCUGUUGAAAUGAAUUAUAAAGAAAUAUAUCAAGCCCUUUAAAUAGUAAUUACAUGUACAUGUAUGUGUGACUGCAAUUAUUUUUAGUUCCAUGCAGUCUCUCUCAAGCAAUCUUUCUUAAAAAUAUGCAUGUUGUUGUUAUUAAUUGAAACAACAUGGUUUUUAUUUGAUGAUGUAUGAAAACCUUUAACCACGCGUGUGUUAAAAGCUUUGUUUAUUUAUAAACCAGAUAGUUAAUCAUGUUUUCAUUUCUUGACCAUUUAGAUUUUAUCUUUGAACUAAUAUAAAAUCAUGUAUCAGAUAUUCUAUUGUUAUCAAUUUCUCAUGAAUUAGUUUUCAAUAAAAAAAUUAAACAAAUGCAUUAUCUUUUACAGACAUUU